UUAUCAAGACCAAAAUUAAAGGCAAAUAUGGAGAGACUAAGGAGUUUUACACACCUCAAUAUAGAUUUAGUUGAUGAAGAAAAUGCUACUGAGCUUCUUCAUGCUCAGGCACAUGUUUGGAAUCACAUUUUCAGCUUCAUUAACUCUUGGUCUCUCAAAUGUGCUAUUCAACUUGGUAUCCCUGAUACCAUCCAUUCCUAUGGUAAACCUAUUACUCUUUCUCAACUUAUUUCUUCAUUGCCACAUCUCCAUCCAAAAAAAACCACUCAUCUCUAUCGCCUUAUGCGAAUCUUGGUCCAUUCCGGCUUCUUUUCGAUCCAAAAAACUGGCAAAAAUGAUGAAGAAGAAGGUUAUGCUCUGACCGAUGCUUCAAAGCUCCUUCUCAAGGACAAUCCCUUUAGUGUCACACCCUUUUUGAUGUCAAUGUUGGAUCCUAUUUUGACUCAGCCUUGGAACCAACUUAGCACUUGGUUCCAAAAUGAUAAACUUACGCCGUUCGAUACGGCUCAUGGAAUGCCUUUUUGGGAAUAUGGCGGCCAUGACACAAAUAUUGGCAACUUCUUCAACGACGCCAUGGCCAGCGAUGCUCGUCUAGUCACGGCGGUGGUGAUCGACAAGUGUAAAGAUGUGUUCGAGGGCUUGGAGUCUUUGGUUGAUGUUGGAGGUGGAACUGGAACUGUGGCCAAGGCCAUUGCUAAUGCAUUUCCUAAUACUGAAUGCACUGUGUUUGAUCUACCGCAUGUUGUUGCCGAUUUGCAAGGAGCCAACAAUGUGAAGUAUGUUGGAGGUGACAUGUUUGAAGCCGUUCCUCCUGCAGAUGCAAUUUUACUCAAGUGGAUAUUGCAUGACUGGAGUGAUGAAGAAAGUGUGAAAAUAUUGAAGAAAUGCAAAGAAGCAAUUACAGGCAAAGGAAACAAAGGAAAAGUGAUAAUAAUAGACAUGAUGAUGGAGAACAAGAAAGGGGACGAAGAAACAAUUGAAACCCAACUCUUCUUUGAUAUGCUAAUGAUGGUUUUGGUCACAGGAAAAGAAAGAAAUGAGAAAGAGUGGGCUAAGCUCUUCUCUGAUGCCGGGUUCAGGAAUUAUAAGAUAACUCCCAUUUUGGGCUUAAGGUCUCUAAUUGAAGUUUAUCCUUGAAAAUAAUUAGUAGCCAUUUGGUAAAAUAGUUCAUUUUUAGUUUCUAUUUUUUAUUUCUUUUCUAUUUAAUUAUGUGUAAUUUAUUUAUACUAAAUAUUAACUAAUGAUAGUUAUAAUUUAUUAGAUAUCUUAAAUAACUAUAAAUUUAAAGGGAAAAUAAAAAGCCAACUCAAUUUGAGGUUGUGUUAAGUUUGGUGUUUAUGCUUUUUUUUUCCCUUAAUUUUAUAGUUAACUUAAAUGUCUAAUAAAUUCUAACUACUACUACAUAAAUAAAUUAUACGAAAUUAAGUGGAGAAAAAUAAAAAAAAAUAAAAAAAACUAAAACUAAAAACCGACUAUAUUAUCAAAUGGCACCUUAAUUAUCAACUUUCUAAUAUUUGUUUUGCAGUUGUCAAAAGAGUGAAUUUUAGGACUUGUUUGUUUGCAUGCUUGUUUAUGGAUAUAAUAAAAA